UUAAAAUUAAACGCCGGUUCAUCCGCGCACUUAGUGACCGGAAGAGUAAUCAUUGCGACUGCGCAUCUACCAGUUCUUUUUUCCCCGCUUCACGUUGAAAAUGGCGACCCCAGCUAAAGUCAGUAAACCUGAAGGGAAAAAUAACCACGAUGCCGCAGACGAACAGGCCGGUAAGAAUAUAAUAUUUAGAAAUAUAAUUUGCAAAUUAUUAUAAGAUUCGUUAAUUAUUUUUGUACUGUAACUGUUAUACAAAUUGUUAACUUUGUUGGGAAAAAACAGGGCACCGACGCCUGCUCAAGACAAGCUAGGCAUGAUGACCCAAAAAAAAAACGACCAUGUGUUCUACAGGAAUUGUUGGUCUAUAUUUUCUAACUCAGCUGUUUAAGAUGUCUUACUAUUCGCUAGUUAUUAUAUUUAUUGCUAUUGUAUAUCAUAACUAUUAAUUCCAAAUUAAAGAAUUUUUCCAAUUAAGGUGUUAAUGCAAUAAAUUGGUAAGUUUUGUGUCCAGCCGCCAAUUCUCGAUGAUUGUUUAAUAUUAAGAGUUACGCCCCCUGUAGUAUCCGGCUUAUUUUCUUCUAAACCUUUGCACAUAUUAAAGACAGGAUCAUCCAUAUUUGUUCAGGUUAUUUAUUAUAAAUAGUUGUUGGACAUUGAAAUAAAAUUUGUAAACAAUAUAGUAACAUUAAGUUGAUUUGUACCUGGUGUGAUUGUAGACUUUUACCACUAGAAUUAAAUUGUCUAGUGCUAAGCCAAAUUUAGCCAAUUUGUACCUUAAUUUUUCCCUAAGACACAUUUUUUAUUCUAACUUAGACCUAGGCUGUAAUGAUACAAUCAACCUUUUACCUGCAUCAGGAAAUAUAUUUCCAACAUGUUUUUGAAAAUUAAUUUCCAUUGAAUAGAGAAAAAUAAAAAAUAAUGCAAGCUUCUUAAAUUUUGAAUUAUUUUCUUUUCAGACAAGGAGCAGCAAGAAGCAAUUGAACAAAUCGAUGAAGUUCAAAAUGAAAUAGAUAAGCUGAAUGAAAAUGCAAGUGAAGAGAUCCUUAAAGUGGAACAGAAAUAUAACACACUAAGGCAGCCUUACUUUAAGAAGAGAUCAGACCUUAUAGCAAAAAUUCCAAACUUUUGGGUCACUGCUGUAUCCUUUCUGUUAAAGUAAUUUUACCAUAAACUUUCACAACGAGUGGGCCGCUUUAAGACAGUCAGAUAUGGCUUAAUUAAAGCAAAUAUUUAUUAAUAGAUAUAUUUUAGUAAAUAUUCAAUAGAUAUUCUACAUGAAGUUUUAGGCCAUUACAAAACUGGUCAAAGAAUUUUUAUAUGUAUAUAAAGGCAGAAAAUUGAAUUUCUUUCUGAUUUGUGCUUGUCAAAUAAAUUUAAUUUUAAAUUAAGUCUUGGUCUGCUAGCAUUUUUUAUUAAUAAGAUAAUGCAACUCCUAAGUUAGGUUUAUUUAUAAUUGAACCUAUAUUGUAAAAAAAAUUAUGCAGUUUGCCUUAACCACUUGAAAGUUUGUUAAUCAUCCUCAAGUGUCAGCCUUACUCAAUGAAGAUGAUGAGGAGGCACUUCAGUAUCUUACUAAGGUUGAGGUUCAAGAGUUUGAGGACAUCAAAUCAGGCUACAGAAUUAACUUUGUAUGUAUAUUUUGGGGUGGAAUAAUUUGAUUUUUCUGUUCCAAUAAAUAUUCACAAUUCUAUUAAUCCAAGUAUUAUGACAUAUUACUACAUAAUCCAACUUCUGUUGACUAGACAAGCAUUUUACCUACCAGUAUCUGAUUGCUAAAAGAUAUUUUUAUCCUGAUUUGUUCUAGUACUUCGACUCAAAUCCCUACUUUUCCAAUGAAAUGUUGACGAAAGAAUUUCAUUUAAAUGAUACUGGUGACCCUUCAUCACAGUCUACACCAAUUAAAUGGAAGGAAGGAAAGGUAAAGAAAAUUAAACACCUUAUUUUACUUUGUUUUCAUUUUUUUUUUAAUAUAAUAUUAAUAAUAUAACUGAUGUGAUAAUUUUAAAAAAUCCUUCCAUCAUUUUUAGGAUUUGACAAAGAAAGGAAAUGCUACUAAAGGGAAAAAAAGAAGCCUUGAGGAACAAGAAUCAUUUUUUAGCUGGUUUGGGGAUCAUGGAGAUGCAGGUGCUGAUGAGCUCGGUGAAGUUAUAAAGGAUGAUAUCUGGCCUAAUCCAUUACAAUACUAUUUGGUGAGUAGUAUUUCUUCAAGAUUUUCUUCAGUUUAGGGCUUCAUUUUUUAAAAUAAAGUUUCUAAAAGAUUAUUUAUUAUUAUUAAAGUUAAACUUACAUGAGAUAAUACUAAGACUAUCGAAUUACGGCCAUACUUGAAAUAUUAUGGUUAACCACUCUAUAAGCAUUUCUUUUCAUUGUGAUUGACAUUUCAUUCAAUUUUAUAUUUAAUACAAUGGCAUUUUAAAGAAUAUACUUUUAGAUUAGAGUUAUGUCCCUUUGCCAAUGUAGAAAGGCCAAGUUUUGUUUUAGUAGGUUAGCCAAUAGUCAGUUAAUCCUUUCCAUUGCAACUGGGUGUGAUGCUAGUUCCCGUUUUAUAUCAUUCCGAUUACGCCAUCGUGUCAUGAGAAUGAAUAUUAGGCUGCAGUGAAAAAUAACAGCCAACUUGGUCUGUCUGAGAUGUGCUACAUCAAUAUUGACUGUGUCUUAUGUUUUUUUAUUUCCCUUCGCUCUGUUUGCUGUCUUCCACUUGUUAGAUAAUUUCAGAAAGUUAAUAUUUUCAUAGUUCCAUUUUUUUUGUUUCUAAUUUAAAAUGAUCUUAUGUACAAAUGAUUUUACAUGUGCCCCUCUAUUUUCUGUUGGGAAAAAUUAAUUCCAUGCAUUGAUGUCUCAGUUUUUUUUUUAAUAGCUUUGUCAUAAUUUUGAAUAUUUUUUUUAGGCAUCUGAAAUAGACGAAGAGACAGGAGGUGACGGUGGUGAAGGUGUGCAUUUUAAAAAUAUUUUGAUUUUAGUAUAUUUUACACUAUUUAUAUGGAGAGUGAUAAUAUAUCAUAAUUUACCUAACUUUUUGGAAUAUGAGGCUUGCUUCACGCACACAUUGCUAGUUAGACUGGAGAAAUUCAUCAAUAAUUGUUUAUAAUAAAUUUAUUGGGUUAUAAUGAAUGCAGUGCAUAAUUUGUAUGUUAAUGUUGGAACACUUAAAAAGUUAAAGAGCAAAUAAUUAAUUUACUUUAGUUAGUACACUUUAAGACCUUGCUUUAAUACGAUUUUUUUUUGCUCAAGAAGAUGAUCUGGAUGAUGAAGGCAACUAUGAAGAUGAAGAAGAACCUGAUGAAGUAAGUGUGAUUUAAAGUUAUAGUCAGCGUAAAAAAACAUUUGUUUUUAAAACUGGACACUAUUUAGUAAAUCUAAUCUUUAGAAACAUAAGAAAUAAAAGGCUAUGUUGAUUUUAAAAACUAGCACCAUGUCAUAGAUUCAAUGGUUCACUUGAAAUAAAAACAACCUUCCAUUUUUGUAAAUCUACUUUGCUAUAGAUUUUGAUUUGAUUUUUCGUUUCAGGAAGGGGAAGAAGAAGGUGAAGGAGAGGAGGAGGAUGAAGAAGAGGAGGGUUAAAGAAAGGACCAUUUAAGUUUUUUUACAUUUUUUUUUUUCAUGUUUUGUUAUAAUAUCAGUACAUUGUCAUUAUCAUCGCCACCAGGUUUCAUGUAUACAAAAUCAGAGAGAAAGUGAAAGUAACUAAUCUAUCACAAUCCAUUAUAAGGGUUACGUUUCAAAUUUGUCCAAUUGUUCUUUUGUCUGUAUAAGUGAUCAAAAUUUUGAAUUAAGAAUUUCUAUUACUGAAAGCCUUGUCUAAUAUAAUUGAGCUGCUCAUUUUUUAAAUGUGACUGUUGGCUGAUGUCACUAUUCCUUUUGUAAAUAAACUUUGUUGCCCUUGAUGCCCAAUUUUUAGACCAGCUUUGUGCUGUUGUGGUGAAAGCUGGCCAGGCCAUCCUUGAUCUGAUAAUGCUGUAAGAUUUCACUUUGGGGUACGGUACAAUAGGUGAAAGCAGGUUUUUAAAGAACUGUUCAUGUAACCUUAUUUGAUUUUUAAGGUCGUUAAGUUUGUUUAAAUAUUGAGGGGUUGAUCAGUAGUGAAUUCCUAAAGUUGAUAAUUCCAAAAUAUCUCAUUAAAUGGUUUGCCUUUAUUUAGAAUACAUAUAGUGUUAGCGUUUUCUGAGAGGUGUAGUUAUUAGUAUGAUAGGAUAAGGCUUUAGUUUGUAAAAAGGCACUGGAGGUAAAGCAGCAUUUAUCUUAACCAAUGGCUUUUGUUGUCUGCUCUUGACUCAAUUUUUAAGACAAGGCUUUCAAUUGAAGUUAAAAUAUUUCUUGUCCUUUUAUUUCAUUGUUAACUUUUACUUGUUUUAUUCCUUUUUCCAAGAAAAUGGUAGUUUGUGCUUUUUCUUACACAGACUCCAAGGCCACAGUUAGUCUAUUUGUCGUAAUUUUUAUUGCAGCUAGCGAUGAAGUCAAGAAAAAGAUUUAACAGCAUUUUUAAUAUCAUAAUGUAAUUUCCAGAUUAUAAGAGAGGUCAGUUGUUUUUUUAAUUUUCCAUCUGGUCUUUGAGGUAUUUGUAAACUCAUUUGCCUAUCAAAACUAAACAAUAAAUGUUAAAAUUGUCUAAAUUACUUUG